AUGACCCCUCGUCGCUCUUCGCGAGCUCGCACCACUCAACCCUCUCCUGCCCUCCUCCAACAUACCAACUCCUCCAGCUCCUCCGUCUCCCUAACUCGCGAGAGGAGCACCCGCUCCAAUCAUAAAAAUCCUUCACCUCCAGACACAUCGGCCCAUCGCUCGCAAUCCAUCGACGAUGGCGAAAAUGGAGUGAGAACCGACCUCCCACACACGCGCCAGCGUCAGCGCGCCCGCGAUGACGAAGACGACCCUCCCCGGGAAGAAGACGAGGAGGAUAUAGACGACGAGGAGGAAGAGGAAAUCACCCGAUGUCUCUGUGGGCAGCAGGAAUACCCUGGACUGCCCCCCUCUCGUCGCGAAGCUCUCGGUCGCGCCAUCGUCAAGCCAGAAUCAGCCCAGCCAUCCACAGAGCCAUCCGAUGUACUCCCAGAUGAUAUUGGAAGUAUGUUCAUUCAAUGCGACUCCUGCAAGGUAUGGCAACAUGGUGGCUGUGUGGGCAUCAUGGAUGAAGAAACAAGUCCAGACGAAUAUUUCUGCGAAGAGUGCCGAAAGGAUUUGCACCGAAUUCGUGGAGAACCCAAUGGUCAGCGCUCGUCAACCUACCUUCCCGUCGCUCCAGCGUCCUCGCCCGCGCCAUCCUCCCGAGCCUCCUCGCGAGAUACAGCCCGACGCUCCAGAGACCCCAAGUCUCGAGCUAGUGAGGGCGCAUCCAACCCCAAGCGCCGAUCGACUAUGAAUAGUCGUGACGCUGCAUAUGAUGAAGAAGAACUAAUCCGAAGAGCCAUUGAAGAAAGCAAGGAAGACACGAAGAGCAUCCCAGAUGACACGGCCGCUCGGCGGGGUAAACGAAGUCGCAGUGAAAGUGAAACAAACAGACAAACCUCGAAACGCCCACGAACCACUUCUCCGUCGCCCACGGCUGUUUCAAAGCAAAGUCACCCGACUUCCCAGCCCCCCAGUGAUGAUGAAUCGAAAUCGAAGUCAGUCAAUGGAACGCGGAGGCGAGCUGCCUCGCGGGGACAACGCGACAAGGAGCUUGUCAAGGAAACCGUCGAGCCAGUGGAAGCCGAAGUCCUAGAAAACGGAGCGCGUCGGAAGGAGAAACCUAUCCGACGCAAAGGAGAGGAAUCUGAAGUUGAGCCUGUUUCACCAACAAAGCCAGCUCCCCCCGAGCCUGAGCCAGCUACCCAGGCAAGCCCGGACACUCCUACGCCCCAAGAACCAACGCCUGCCCGGCCAUCAACUCGCAAGUCCGGGCGUCCUCCAGCCCGACGAGGACGUGUUGGUCGCAACCAAUAUACAAAGGAUCGCGAUGUGAAUGGGAACGGCACAGAGUCUCCCCGACGCGCCCAAUCCCAUGAGAUGGGGAGUGACUCGCCCCGCGUCGGAUAUAUGGGAAUUAAUGGUACACACAUCAACGGCGGAGAGACCGGGCGGCCGAGCAAGCCUCGGCACAUGCACCCGCAGCGUACGACAAUGAACGAGAUGAAGCGCCGUGUAGCCGCCAUCCUUGAAUUCAUUUCACGAAUGCAGGUAGAGAUGGCUGUCGCCAGCGAGAACUCAUCCACGCCUACUGGCAAUGGAGACCGCGCGCAGGGCCUGCUUCUGAAAAGCAUGGUGGAUCAGAUCGACAACGCCAUGGCAUCUGCGGCCAGCGAUGGUGGCGAGUCGGCGGCGCCCACAACAGACGGUGAUGGCGACGCGCCUUCUGCAGAGAAGGACUUUAAGGAACUCAGCAGCGUGGAGAUGAUGGACGUGCUUACUCGGCAUCUGCUCAAGUGGCAGCAGGAGUACGGCAAGUUCGGCGAGCGGUAG